UGCUGCAGACAAACAUGCAUAUUGUAAGAUGGCUGUUGUUGAGGCACUUCUGCAGUUUCCCAGCACAGGAACAUUACUGGGCGCUUUUCUUUUGCUUCUGGUUGUAUAUCUGCUUUCAUCAGGCUCCAAACCUCAGAAAGAAGGUAAAGACCCACCAGGACCCAAACCACUGCCACUGCUGGGAAACCUGCUGACACUUGACCUUGAGAGACCCUUUGACACCCUUUGUGAGCUGUCCAAAACCUACGGAAAUGUGUUCCAAGUGUUUUUUGGUCCCAAAAAAGUUGUGAUCUUAGCUGGGUACAAAACAGUUAAAGAAGCACUUGUGAACUAUGCAGAUGAAUUUGGGGACCGAGACAUUACACCUGGUUUCAGGAUACUUAACGAUGAACAUGGGAUCAUCUUUUCCAAUGGUGAGAACUGGAAAGAGAUGAGACGCUUCGCUCUCACUAACCUGCGAGACUUUGGGAUGGGUAAGAGAGGAAGUGAAGAGAAAAUCAUAGAGGAAAUUCAGUACCUGAAAGAAGAGUUUGAGAAGUUUGAAGGGAAACCCUUUGACACAACACAGCCUGUGAACUACGCUGUAUCAAACAUCAUCUCAGCUAUUGUGUAUGGCAACAGAUUUGAAUACACAGAUUUUCAAUUCAAAGAAAUGGUCGACAGAGCAAACGAGAACGUUCGUGUUGGUGGAUCGGCUUCAAUGACGCUUUACAGCAUAUUUCCAUGGUUGGGCCCGUUCCUGAACAGCAAACGGAUUAUCGUAAGAAAUUUACUGAAAAAUAGAGCACAGAUAACAGAGUUGAUCAGCGGGUUACUGGAGACUCUGAAUCCACAGGACCACAGAGGGUUCAUCGACUCCUUUCUCAUCCGCAAACAGAGCGACGAGGGUUUCAGCACAGGUAUUUUACUUGGUAUUUUGCUGCUCUUUGUGGUUGUUUAUCUACUACUGUCUGGGUCCAGCUCUCAGGAUGAGGGAAAAGAACCUCCUGGACCCAAACCACUGCCACUGCUGGGGAACCUACUCAUGCUUGACCUCAAGAAAACCUAUGUGAGCCUCUGCGAUCUCUCAAAACAAUAUGGAUCAGUUUUCACUGUGCACUUCGGCCCCAAAAAAGUUGUAGUGUUGGCCGGAUAUAAGACCGUCAAGCAGGCACUUGUGAACCUUUCAGAGGAAUUUGGAGACCGAGAUAUUACCCCCAUAUUCCAUGAUUUCAAUCAGGGAUUUGGGAUUUUAUUUUCCAAUGGUGAAAACUGGAGACAAAUGAGACGCUUUGCUCUCUCAAAUCUGCGAGACUUUGGAAUGGGGAAGAAAGGAAGUGAAGAGAAAAUAAUUGAAGAAUCAAAGUAUUUAAGAGAGGAAUUUGAGAAGUUUGAAGGAAAACCGUUUGAUACAAGUCUGCCUGUGAGCCUUGCUAUUUCAAACAUAAUCUUAUCGAUUGUCUAUGGUAACAGAUUUGAGUACAGCAACCCCUGGUUACAUGGAAUGGUCCAACGAUCAUACGAAAACAUGAAAAUGGUUGGUUCAGCUUCAGUCCAGCUCUACAACAUGUUUCCUUGGCUUUGUCCUUUUGUGAAGAAUCAAAAACAGAUUAUGAACAACCUCAAGAAUAACUUUAAAGAAAGUGAGGAACUCAUAAAUGGUCUGCUAAAGACUUUGGACCCUCAGGAUCCCAGAGGAUUUGCAGAUUCAUUCCUUGUUCGACAGCAAAAAGACAAGGAAUCUGCUGAAAAAGAGACUCCUUUCCAUACAAAGAAUCUAUUUUAUUCAAUUAAUAACCUGUUUGCUGCCGGUACCGAUACUACAACUACAACACUAUGCUGGAGUCUUCUGCUAAUGGCCAAAUAUCCUGAAAUACAAGACAAGGUCCAAGAGGAGAUUGACAGAGUGAUUGGUGGACGUCAGCCAGUGGUGGAGGACAGGAAGAACUUGCCUUACACAGAUGCUGUGAUUCAUGAAACCCAGAGACUGGCCAGCAUAUUACCCAUAAGUGUGCCCCGUAAGACCAGUUGUGAUGUUCACCUGAAUGGAUACCUCAUCAAGAAGGAUACCAGCAUCGUCCCGCUAUUGAUAACUGUAUUGAGAGAUGAAAAUGAGUGGGAAACACCCAAUACCUUCAACCCAGGACACUUCCUAAAUAAACAGGGCCAGUUUAUAAAAAAUGAUGCUUUCAUGCCGUUCUCUGCAGGACGCAGAGUGUGUGUUGGAGAGAGUUUAGCCAGAAUGGAGCUCUUCCUGUUUUUCACCUCCCUACUUCAGAACUUCCGCUUCACUCCUCCACCUGGAAUGUCUGAAGAUGAGCUCGACCUCACACCAUCUGUGGGGUUCACGCUCAACCCGUCCCCACACAAACUGUGUGCAGUGAAACGCUCUUAAACAGGAGAACGGAAAGCUAGCACGUGCAAAUACAUAUCCCAUUCCGCUGCGAAUGAAAGUUAAAUUUGGUGAACUGUAACCUACAAAUCCUUCUGACGAGAAGACGUGUGACCAACAGCAGACCGAAACGUAACACACUUAGCCAGAAUGGAGCUCUUCCUGUUUUUGGAAGAAUGGAUCUCUUCCUGUCUUGACUCAAUACUAACAAUACAUUCUGAAAUGUUGUUGUAUUUCGGUGCAAUGACAAUAAAGGCUUCUAUCUAUUCUAUCUAUAUUUCAAAGCUGCAGGUGUAGGUGGUAUAUUUUAACAUUUUGAAUAUAAUAUUAGCCUGUUUGUUAUUUGUGAUUCUAUUAUUUAUUAAAAUCACAAGCCCUCCUGCUUGACAUCAUAUCCUGGUCUGUUGUAAUGUCAGAAAAAUGUUUGCUUGUGCCCAGUGUGAUUGCCCCAUUAAUCACAUAUAUAGUUUCCAUAUGCUUUAGAAUGUUACCUUGUAUUGUAUUGACAAUGUUACAUUUACGCUUUUUAGCUAUUGUUUUUUUUAACUGCAAAAUAAGGAUUUUAAAACUAAAAGCUGUGCUGUGCUAUUUGUCGUAACAAAAAAUCAGUAAAGAACCUUGUCCACA